AUUUUUCCCAUGACGAAGGAGUAAAUAUUGUGGUGCACCCUCGGGCAUUAAGUACAGUGAUGAACCCCUGAAAUGGCCAUAGGGAAUGUUGAGAAAAUGAAGAAUAUGGAGUUUGGCAAAGUUCCACAUCUACGUGUGUCUGACCAGUUGAAGUGUUCUACAAGGCACCCACAAAAACAGCAGAAUUUGGAAGACCGAUGACUGACCACUUGUCAACCCUCAACUCCUGACAUAAACCAGUGCUUUUUAAUAAUAAUAAUAAUAACAAUACUUCAGUGUUACCCUGAAGGGUCAGCCAGCUCUCCAGGCCAAAGAAACUGAUCCUUGAUCUUCAUUCAUUCCUACCCCAUUACCUUUUUCACCCCCUCCCCCGCCAUUACAAACAGAAAAGUAGUCAGGGUGCAACCCAACACCUUGAGAGGAAACUACCCCCCACCAAGCCACCUUCAUACUAUCAAAAACUAGUCGACUCUUCCCAUAUUUGCUUACAUCUUCUCAAAUCCCCCUUCUUCAAUUUUCUUCACUUACCCUUCACUCAAUCACUUUCUUUCCCCCUCACUCUCUUUCUCUCACCAACAUUCUCUUUCUCAGGUUUUAGCCCUCUAAAAUAGUCCCCAUAUGUUUACUUGUCUCUCCCCCAAAACACAAUCCCUCGCAUCACUGCACUCCCAGUCUAUCUUGACCCCGUGAAAUUGUCAAUCAGUCCAUAGUCCUCUUGUUUCCCUCUUGAGACCCCUUAAAAUACUCACUUCACUCUACAUGUCUGACUCCCUCUUUUCCUGACACCCCAGCUGGUCUUGCUUGACCCUUUAAAAAUCCCAACUGCAUGUCUGCCAAAUUUUUUUUUUUCUCCCCUCCCUGACGAACCACACAACAAAUAUGUUGUCACGGUUACAGCGGACGAAGGGAUAUUUCUUUGGAAUUUGUCUCCUACUCAGUGUCAUCGUCUGCAUCUUUUCUUGGCAGCUGUUUCGACAGACACCACACCAACCGAUACGAGAAGGGGACCGUCUUGGCACGGUCGACCGGCUCUCUAAAUCGGACACCCUUAACAUCCCAUUGACUUCCUUAGAGAAUUACCUGCGCAUCGUACACAACAAGACCCAACGAACUAUCAUGCGGAACCUGGCUCACCAGCAUCAGGAUGCUAUCCUGGCCAAAGAUGCUCACAAGACAAAAACCAACUCCAAAUUGAAAGAACACACAGAAUCUGUGUCAAAUGCCGAGUCUGCCAGCAACAGUGACACCAAACAGGGAAUCCGGUUCCAAAGUAAAUUAAUACAUUACCUAAACAAGUAUUCUAACACACACGUUAACACGAGCAAUCACAACACCACCAACAACAACAACAGUAUUAAUACAAAACUUGUUAAAUCUGUUGACAAGAGUUCAAACUCCAGUUCUGUUGUCAGCAGUGAGUACAAAGAUAAUGCUGACAGCAGACUUCAGAUUCUUCCAAAGCAAUUCAACAAUUUAGGUUCUUCAAACAACAACAACAUCAACUACAAAAAUAGUAACAACAACGACAGCAGCUCUUUGCUGGGUUCGUCGGAGAAAUUCCGACAGUCUUUGAACAAUUUGAAAAGCUUGAAAGAGAAACUAAAUUCCCCGAGUGUUUCGUCGAAACCCCCGCAACAGCAACAACAAAAUCCUAGUCGACCGUCGGGUACGUUUGUCGAAGACAUUCACAACUUCCACGCACCAGUGGAGCGUAAAAAAGCUCUCGCCAGCCGGAAUAACCUUGAGGAUGCUUUGUCGAGGGCAGCGAUGGACCCUCUGGAUCAUAUUUUAACGGGUAAGUUAUGCCAAGACUGUUUGUCGUCGGGCUUCCAGUACGACCUCAACGUCGAGGACAUUUGCCACACAGAUGUGCGGUUGGUGAUUCUUGUGGAGUCUCCACCAAGCAAUCAGGACUCGCGCAAUGCCAUUCGCAAGACAUGGGCCAUCAGUCAAGUAAGCUCCAGCAAUGUGCGAGUGGUGUUUUUGCUGGGUAAAAGCAACAACCCACAUGAGAAUACGCUGGCAGAACAUGAAUAUUGGUUAAACCAAGACAUUGUACAAAUCGAUUUUGUAGAUGCAUAUGCAAACCUCACGUACAAAACACUGUCUGGCCUACACUGGGUCAACACGUUCUGCUCAAAUGCUAAAUACGUCAUGAAAACAGAUGACGACAUGUAUGUGAACACGCCGCUCAUCACAAAGAUGUUACUGGCAUCUCCAAAAUCGAGGUUCCUUGGUGGUUAUUGUUGGGGUGUGUCCACCCCACAUCGGGACAGUAGCUCAAAGUGGUAUGUCCCCUACGAGAUGUACCCGAGUGCCACGUUCCCACCAAUGUGCUCGGGUACCGGCUACAUAAUGAGUCAGGACCUCGUUAAGAAUAUUAUGAAUGUGUCACUGCUAAUUGGUUUCUUUUACUUGGAAGAUGUCUAUGUCGCCCUCUGCCUGCAAAAAUUCAACAUCUACCCCGUGAACAUUCAGGGUUUCAGCAACAUGUUGGUACCCUUCGAUAGUUGUCUCUUCCGAAAUUAUGUGCUCACCUCACACGGACACACCCCCUACGACCUACAGACAGAAUGGUCACAGGUGUUAUCCUGCUACCCCAAAGACCUUACUCCUCACCAACUUUUUAUGCCUAUCCCCUACCCUGAAGUGGAUUAAAAGCAGGGGAAGGGAACAGCAAAGACACAAAUAAAUCAUACAACACUUACAACAAAUUCAGUUUUCUGAGGAUUCUCUUUAAAUGUGUAAAAAAAAAAAGAUAAGGAAAAAGGAAAACACACACGCGUGUGUGUGUGUUUGUGUGUAUAAGUAAAUGUAUAAAUGUGUUUAUAAAAACA